UUCCCGGCACAUUGAACCCUUUGCAAAGAUUUCCCAGUGCUGCGUCCUCGCUUCUUGGAGAGGUACAGUCGAAACCAGUUCAAUGCAGGCUUUGGGAUUUUUUCAGCACAUUGCUGGAUUAUACCUGCUCUAAAUGCCUACAAUACAGAGGAAUCCAGCUGCUUCCAAUGGGAUGCAUUUGCAUAGAGGAAGAAUUACUCAAUUAAGAUGGGUAAUAAGCAAACGAUAUUUACUGAUGAACAGCUAGAUGCCUACCAGGAUUGCACAUUCUUCACUCGGAAAGAAAUCCUUCGGUUGCAUGGCCGAUACUAUGAAAUGGCACCAAACGUUGUGCCCAUGGACUAUACAAGGGACCCAGAUGUUAAACUACCUAUGCAGCUUAUAAUAAACAUGCCUGAGCUAAAGGAGAAUCCCUUCAAGGAAAGGAUUGUGUUAUCUUUCUCAGAAGAUGGAGAGGGGAGCUUGAGCUUCAAUGAUUUUGUGGAUAUGUUCUCUGUGCUCAGUGAAAUGGCUCCCAGAGAGCUUAAAGCAAUCUAUGCCUUUAAGAUCUAUGAUUUUAACACAGAUAACUUCAUUUGUAAAUCAGACUUGGAACAAACCCUCAAUAAGCUGACCCGAGAAGAGCUAACAGAAGAAGAAAUCACUUUGGUUUGUGAGAAAGUGAUAGAGGAAGCUGACAUGGAUGGUGAUGGCAAACUAGGAUUUGCAGAUUUCGAAAACAUGAUUUCCAAAGCACCAGACUUUCUCAGUACUUUCCACAUAAGAAUCUGAAGAUGUUUCUGUGAGCCAGCGUUAUCAGAAAUGACUUACCGGUCCAGCCUUUUUGAAUCUCAGGCACUUUGAGGGCUUUUGUCCUCUAAUUAUGGCUUCUUAGAACUCAGCAGAAAGUGCAGAAGUAAUUCUGGUCCACAAGGAGACUGAAACAUCAUGUGAUGUACAGGAUACUUGGAGCAGCCACGUUUUUAUCAUCAAUGCUAGCCAAGCACUCUGGCAAAGAUGGUUGGUUAUUGGGUUGUGGGUUUUCUUGGUGGCUUGUUUUUGUUUUGUUUUAUUUUUUUAAGCAAGCAGAAUCAGAAUAUUAUUAAAGGUAUUUCCACAUAGUUUUUAUAUUUAUGAAUAUUUAAUAUUGCUCUUAAAAGCGCAAAAAAAAUGAUUGUUGGAAAGAUUAGCUUUGGUGACUUCCAAGAGUAUUUGAAAGAAAGCAAGGGCCUUAAAUAAUGAAAUGCCUCUAUCACUGUGUCUGUACAGCUAGGGAUCUUGCAUGGAAAUGGACUUAGGUGAAAGAACUGUGGUCAAGAUCAAGCUCCCAGUGUUGAAGACAACCACAUCCCAGGUUUGCAUUUCUGGGUUUGGUGCUUACCUUCAACCAGAAUUUUAGGGGUUGUCAUGUCCUUAUGAAACUUGAAAUAUUUGCCUUUUGUAUAUGAGAACUGCAGACAUGAUUAAUUUCUUCCCAAGAUAAAUGUAAUAACUGUGUCCUUACUCUCCAAGGGAGUCCUGCAUUUUACUCAUUCUAUGGGCUGGUAAAGUUCAACGGAAGAAGUGUGAUCGUCUGUAACUCACGAAGACGUUAAAGAAGCACAGAACUACUGUUAAAGACAUGAAAAGAUGUUUUCUUUCUAAACCAGCUAUGCAAUCUUUCCCAUAAAAUGCAUGAAUGCAGCUCUGUAUUUUUCUUCUUCCCUCUCCAGCUGGAAAUCAGCUAGAUUUUGAUUCCAGUAUUGUUUAGGUACUGGGGCCUGAAGACAAUCAUAUGUGUAUUACUGUUCUAACAGUCAAUAGAAGGGCUCUGUCACUUACAUGGCUUCUGUAUCAAAGUCACCACAAUUAAAACUUUUGAUGCAUUCUGUUGUGCUUUGAGAAUUUUUGGCCUAAGCACAUACUAAUUUCUAGUC